AUGAAUGGAGUUGCCGGGAACGAUAUCUUUAAGCUGGAGGUUAAGUCUGGGAACAAUACCUUAUUCUGGUAUGAUCCCUGGUUAAGUUCAGGGAUUCUAAAAGACAAAUACCCCGCUCUAUUUGAAUUGGAUGCUCGAAAAAAAUGCACAAUUGCUGACAGAAUAUCUGGAUCAACCUUCACUUGGAAUUGGAAGUCUCAUCCCUCAGACCUAGGCCUUGGACCUGCUGUCCAAGCUCUCAUUAUCGACCUAUCUAGGAUUCAGCUAGCCCAUGGAACAGACCAAUACAAAUGCAAACUGACUGGGGAUGGAAAGUACACAGUUAGUUCGGUUCGGAAGGUCCUUGAUAGUAACCUCAGCCCGGUUAGUAGUCACUCGACUAUUAACUGGUACAAAGUUGUGCCCAUUAAAGUUUUAGGUUUUAUAUGGAAGGCUGUGCAGGGUAGAAUUCCGGUUGCUGUUGAGUUGGGGUCGAGGGGUAUUUUGGUCAAUUCUCUCCUAUGUAGCUUGUGUAUUGGACAACAGGAGAGUGUUGACCAUGUUCUUAUUGGCUGUCCGUUUGCAUAUGGAAUCCGAGAGAAUAUUAUGAGCUGGUGCGGUGUCACACUUAAUCAUUGCUCAUUACAAACUACGGUGGAUUUACUUCAGUCGAUUUCGGCGUGGGGCGGCUGCCCCAAGAAAAGGAAACGGCUUACAAUUAUAAGCUAUGGAAUGCUAUGGUGCAUAUGGAGAUACAGGAACAAACGUUUGUUUAGCAAUGAAGGAGUUUCUUUGAUCCAGGGGACUAGUUACAUUAAAACUAUGGUUUUUUAUUGGUGUAAGCAUAAGGGUAGGAAAACAAUGUGUAGUUGGGAUGAAUGUUUAGUGUCCCCAUUCUCUGGAUUGUAA